AGCGCUAGCGGCGUAGGAAAGGAUUCACGCAGUAUGUCUACAGCCAUAUAAACAUAGAUAAUUGUAGCUCUUGAACGCGGUAACGAUUGGCAACGUCAAGACAUUUGCAAUGGGGGCACCGCACUGCUCGACCUUGUGCACGGGAGAGAGGGGAUUUUUCGGAUCUGGAGGGGGUGUAGUAGCGUCCACUGACUGAAGGCAAAUAUCCUUGAACUCCCUUGAUCCACCAGAAGCCACAAUCAGCAGCCUGGACGGAUACGUGCCAGAGAAGGCGUACUAGCCAUCAGGAAUAAAUUCUAUUUUUGCUUCAAGAACACAACAUGCCUUCCGACAUGAGCGCCUGCUCAUGUUCCCAGUUCCCACUAAAAAUACGCAAGGAGAGCAGCACAUCAGCAUUGCCUCGAGUUGAUAGAAGCCGUUCUGCACAUUGAAGAGCUCAGGUUGUUUUGAGGCCUGUCUGUCCCUGCUACGCUCAGCUGAUUCUAGCCUAUACUCAGAAGCCCUGGAGAUCAUAGAGGGAUCCCCUAAACCUUUCACACCACAGCCCUGCAGAACAGCGUCUGAAACCCCUCACUUCUUCAAACCUCUGCCCACUGGGAUAAAUGAGUAGACUGGCUGGAGAGGAUAGGGCUGGGAUAUAUACCAGAACCCAAAAAGAAUGUCCUGGUUCAGCGGCUUCCUAGUGGCCAGAGUGGACAACCGCAAGACCGCGUGGGGGGAGCGCAAUGGCAAGAAGUCCAAGCAGAAGGGAGGCUCAUCCCUCUGCAACCCGCAUUACAUGAGCUGCCUGAGGGACCCGGAUGCCAUGGAGCCCCCCUCUGGAGCCCCCCUCAACCCCCACCACUGUGGAGGGGGGGCCGGGGCAGCUGGCGGGGGGGGCAACUUCGGCGUGCGCUGCAUCUGGCAAGAGGACCACUACGGCAAACGGGGCGGCGCCACCGGGGAAGGGGUGGGGCUCAAAUCUGUCGACCUGGGCUUUGAGGACGGGGACCUGAAGGGGAGGAAGGUGGGGGGUGGCGGAGAGGGGGGUGACGAGGGUCUCAACGGGGAAGGGGGGGUGACGGCGGCAGACUGCUGGCUGCGGGUGGUGCGGGUGUUCCAGUCCAAGAAGUUCCAGUCUCAUAAGCUGGAGCUUCUCUACCAGCGCUACUUCUUCAGGCUCAACCAGAGCUCCCUCACCAUGCUGAUGGGGGUGCUGGUGAUCGUGUGCGGCGUGAUGCUGACCUUCCACUGUGUCCACGCGCCCCCGGACGUGGCCUACUCCUCGGCCCUCUCGGUGGCCAUGGCCCUGUUCAUGGCCCUCAUGGUUGUGUGUAACCGGAACGGCUUCCACCAGGACUACAUGUGGAUGGUGAGCUACCUGGUUAUCGGGGUCCUGUUGCUGGUGCAGGUGUUCGGGGUGCUGAUGGUGGCGCCUCGUAGCGCAUCUGAGGGCAUCUGGUGGUCUGUGUUCUUCAUCUACAUCAUCUACACGCUGCUGCCUGUCAGGAUGAGAGCAGCCGUGCUGAGCGGAGGGGUGCUCUCCACCAUUCACCUGGUCACCACCUGGCAGUUCAACCAGGAAGACAUGUUCCUCUGGAAACAGCUGAGUGCCAAUGUGCUGAUCUUCCUGUGCACUAACAUCAUUGGGAUCUGUACCCACUACCCUGCCGAGGUGUCUCAGAGACAGGCCUUCCAGGAGACCAGAGGAUACAUUCAGGCCAGACUGCACCUGCAGAGAGAGAACCAGCAGCAGGAACGCCUGUUGCUGUCUGUGUUGCCAAGGCAUGUUGCCAUGGAGAUGAAGGCUGACAUCAACGCUAAAAAGGAAGACAUGAUGUUCCAUAAGAUCUACAUCCAGAAACAUGACAACGUCAGUAUUCUGUUUGCGGACAUUGAGGGCUUCACCAGCUUGGCGUCUCAGUGUACGGCUCAGGAGUUGGUAAUGACACUCAAUGAGCUUUUCGCCCGCUUCGACAAACUAGCAUCGGAGAACCACUGUCUGCGUAUCAAGAUCCUGGGCGACUGUUACUACUGUGUGUCUGGGCUGCCUGAGCCCCGCGCUGACCACGCCCACUGCUGUGUGGAGAUGGGCGUCGACAUGAUAGAGGCCAUCUCGCUGGUGCGAGAGGUGACGGGGGUCAACGUGAACAUGCGUGUGGGCAUCCACAGUGGCCGUGUGCACUGUGGGGUGCUGGGACUCAGGAAGUGGCAGUUUGAUGUGUGGUCCAAUGAUGUCACACUAGCCAACCACAUGGAGGCUGGGGGCAAGGCAGGGAGGAUCCACAUCACCAAGGCAACUCUGCAGUAUCUGAAUGGGGAUUAUGAGGUGGAGCCGGGUAGAGGAGGGGAGAGGAACGCCUACCUGAAAGAGAACAGCAUCGAGACCUUCCUGGUGUUGGGUUGCAGCCAGAAAAGGAAAGACGAGAAGGCCAUGAUGGCCAAGAUGCAGAGGACGCGGUCCAACUCCAACGAGGGCCUGAUGCCUCGCUGGGUACCCGACACAAGGUUCUCCAGGUCCAAGGACUCCAAAGUCUUCAGACAGAUGGGGAUUGAUGAGUCGUCCAGCAAAGACAACCGUGGUGCACAGGAGGCAAUGAACCCUGAGGAUGAGGUGGAUGAGUUUCUGGGGAGAGCCAUUGACGCCCGCAGCAUCGACCAGCUGAGGAAGGACCACGUCAAGAAGUUCCUGCUCACCUUCCAGACCUCCAGCCUGGAGAAAAAGUAUUCGAAGAAGGUGGACGAUCGCUUUGGAGGUUACGUGGCUUGUACUCUCCUGGUCUUCUGUUUCAUCGCCUUCAUCCAGAUUGUCAUAUUUCCACACACCCCGGUCAUGCUGGGGAUCUACAUCAGUAUCUUCAUCAUCCUCACCAACAUCCUCUUCAUCUGUGCCAUAUAUUCCUGCGUUAAGCUGUUUCCAGCUGCGAUGCAGACAGUGUCAAAGAAGAUAGUCCAGUCUCGUACCAACAGCACUCUGAUGGGGGUGUUCACCAUCAUCCUCGUCUUCAUCUCUGCCUUUGUCAACAUGUUUGCCUGUGACACAGAGAGCUUGGUGGACUGUAUCUCCCGGGAGCUGAACACCUCUGUUGCCAUGGUGACGCCAUGUCUCAUCCGCAACCUGUCUGUGUCUGUAGACGGGGGUCUAGAGAUCUGUCCUAGCCAGGGCCCCUCAUGCCCCUUCCCAGAGUAUUUCAGCUACAGUGUGCUGCUGACCCUGCUGGCUUGUUCAGUGUUCCUCCAGAUCAGCAGUAUAGGGAAGCUGGCCCUCAUGCUGCUCAUCCAGUUUACCUUCCUGCUGCUGGUGGAGUGGCCACAGGUGGCGCUGUUCGACAACGCUGACCUCUUCGUCACCUCCAAUGCCAUUGAUUUCAAUGAAACUAUUCAAUGGUCCAGUUUCAAUGAAACUACAGACGAGUGCCCAUUCAGUGUGACCAAAGUUUCCCUGAGGGUCAUGACUCCUGUUAUUCUCACUGUGUUUGUGCUGGCGCUCUACCUCCAUGCCCAGCAGGUGGAGUCCACAUCACGCCUCGACUUCCUCUGGAAACUACAGGCCACAGAGGAGAAGGAGGAGAUGGAGGAGCUGCAGGCGUACAACCGCCGCCUCCUCCACAACAUCCUGCCCAAGGACGUGGCCGCUCACUUCCUGGCGCGCGAGCGCAGGAACGACGAGCUCUACUACCAGUCCUGUGAGUGUGUCGCCGUCAUGUUCGCCUCCAUCUCCAACUUCUCUGAGUUCUAUGUGGAGCUGGAGGCCAACAACGAGGGAGUGGAGUGUCUCAGGCUGCUCAACGAGAUCAUCGCAGACUUUGACGAGAUCAUCAGUGAGGAGAAGUUCCGUCAGCUGGAGAAGAUCAAGACCAUCGGCAGCACCUACAUGGCUGCCUCGGGUCUCAAUGACUCCACCUACGACCGUAAGGGUCGCUCCCACAUCACGGCUCUGGCCGACUACGCCAUGAGACUGAGGGAGCAGAUGAAGUACAUCAACGAGCAUUCCUUCAACAACUUCCAGAUGAAGAUAGGUCUGAACAUUGGGCCAGUGGUGGCAGGGGUGAUUGGAGCACGGAAGCCACAGUACGAUAUCUGGGGGAACACGGUCAACGUGGCCAGUCGCAUGGACAGCACAGGAGUCCCCGACCGCAUUCAGGUGACCACGGACCUCCACCAGGUGCUUUCAGAUAUAGGAUACGUUCUGGAGUGUCGUGGGGUCGUUAAGGUCAAGGGUAAAGGGGAAAUGACAACCUACUUCCUGAAUGAUGGACCGCCCAAUAGUUAGCAGCCGAGGCAGCGCUAGCCGGGACCAUUCCCACUGCAAGGACACGGCAGCACUACUGAGGGAGGACUCACAACGUGAGCUAGCGGCUAACAACUAGCGACGCCAUCACUUGAAACCCGAGAAAAGAGAAAAGACUAUGAGACUCCAGGACUUGAGAAGGAAAGUGUUCUUGUGUGGCAGCCAUGUUUUGGAAGGACAAGUGUUUUUCUCAUUUCUAGCCUCUCUCUCAGGCUACUUGAAAGUUGCAAAGUCUGUUUAUUUAAAACAACGCCUUUAGCCUGUGUCAAAAUAAGACAAAUGCUGUACAUAAGGCUCCUUUUUUUUUCAAUCAUUUUUUAUUUCAGGAUAAUUAUGAAACAGGUACUCAUGUUUUAUUUCUGGGUUACUUAUUUAUUUUCAUCUUGAUGUUUUGUGCAAAAAGUCCUUUAUGAAAAAGUGUGAAUACAUACGUGCACAAAUAUCAAGUUUAUUACAAGUGUGUAUGUACAUGCAUAUUUGUGUGUGUAUGAAUGUGUAUAAAUUGAGAAGGAAAAUAUUGACCAAAGUAUUUACAAAAAACAAGGCAAGACAUGUUACGUUCUCGCAGAAGUCUGCAAUGAUCACCAACUCAAUCUGUUGCACGGCAGUACCCUCAGUCUUUGUACUUCAGUGCUGUCAAAGGCUAUUUCUCAGUAUGGGCAAAAUGUGUAACAACUUUCAUUUUGAGGUCAAGUACAGUUUAUCAUCGAUGACAUCUGUAGGAUUACUCUGCUCCCAUCUCUAAAACAUGUAAUUCAAUAGUAAA